GAAGCUUCCCAGGGUCCCGAGCAGCGGGAGCCGGGCAGCGGCGAUGUGGAGCGCGGGCCGCGGCGGGGCUGCUGGACCAGCGCUCCUGGUGUUGCUACUGGCACUUGUGGUGCGGGGCGGUAGCACCUCGAAGACUGGCGCGGGACUCGUGACCUGCGGGUCCGUGCUGAAGCUACUCAACACGAACCACAGGGUGCGGCUGCACUCACACGACAUCAAAUACGGAUCAGGCAGCGGCCAACAGUCGGUGACCGGCGUGGAAGCGUCGGACGACGCCAAUAGCUACUGGCGGAUUCGUGGCGGCUCCGAGGGCGGGUGCCCGCGCGGGCUCCCGGUUCGCUGCGGGCAGGCGGUGCGGCUCACCCACGUCCUCACGGGCAAGAACCUGCACACGCACCACUUCCCCUCGCCGCUGUCCAAUAAUCAGGAGGUGAGUGCCUUUGGUGAAGAUGGUGAGGGUGAUGACCUGGACCUGUGGACAGUGCGCUGCUCUGGGCAGCACUGGGAACGCGAGUCCACCGUGCGCUUCCAGCAUGUGGGCACCUCUGUGUUCCUGUCAGUCACUGGUGAGCAGUAUGGGAGUCCCAUCCGUGGACAGCUUGAGGUGCAUGGCAUGCCCAGUGCCAACACACACAAUACAUGGAAGGCCAUGGAAGGCAUCUUCAUCAAGCCUGGCGCAGAGCCCUCUGCAGGUCAUGACGAACUCUGAGUGCCCGGAUGAGUUGCUGGGUGGCAGGGAGCUCAGCCACUCUCAGCAGAGACUUCGGAUUUAUAGGGGUCCUCAAGUGCCUUUGUGAUUAAAGAAUGUUGGUCUGUGA